AUGAAGGAAAAGUCCAAAACGGCGGCAAGGACUAGACGGGAAAAGGAGAACAGUGAAUUUUACGAACUGGCCAAAAUGUUGCCUUUGCCGUCGGCCAUCACGUCGCAGCUGGACAAAGCGUCCAUCAUCCGGCUGACCACCAGCUACCUGAAGAUGAGGAUUGUCUUCCCGCAGGGUUUGGGUGAAGCUUGGGGUCACACAAAUCGAACGAGACCAUUGGACAAUCUUGGACGUGAGCUGGGUUCUCAUCUACUGCAGACAUUGGAUGGCUUUAUAUUCGUUGUUGCUCCAGAUGGGAAAAUAAUGUACAUUUCAGAGACAGCGUCGGUGCAUUUAGGACUAUCCCAGGUAGAGUUGACCGGAAACAGUAUUUAUGAAUAUGUGCACCCGGCCGACCACGACGAGAUGACCGCUGUACUGACGCCGCAUCAGCCCUACCACUCACAUUUUGUACAAGAAUAUGAAGUGGAGCGCUCUUUCUUUUUGAGAAUGAAAUGUGUGCUGGCCAAAAGAAACGCAGGGCUCACCAGUGGUGGAUAUAAGGUGAUCCACUGCAGUGGCUACCUGAAGAUCCGCCAGUACAGCUUGGACAUGGCGCCCUUCGAGGGCUGCUACCAGAACGUGGGCCUGGUGGCGGUGGGACACUCUCUGCCUCCCAGCGCCGUGACCGAAAUCAAACUGCACAGCAACAUGUUUAUGUUCAGGGCCAGUUUGGACAUGAAGCUCAUCUUCCUGGACUCCAGGGUCGCCGAGCUGACAGGUUAUGAGCCGCAGGACCUGAUUGAGAAAACGCUGUACCAUCACGUGCACAGCUGCGACAUCUUCCACCUCCGCUGCGCGCACCACCUCCUGCUGGUAAAGGGCCAAGUCACCACUAAGUAUUACCGUUUCCUGGCCAAGCACGGCGGAUGGGUGUGGGUGCAGAGUUACGCCACCAUCGUCCACAACAGCCGGUCCUCGAGACCCCACUGCAUCGUCAGCGUCAACUACGUCCUCACGGACACAGAAUACAAAGGAAUGCAGCUGUCCCUGGAUCAAAUGAGCCCCACCAAGCCGGCUUUCCCUUACACUGACAGUCUCAACGAGGACAGGAAGAGCACAAAGUCCCGUGUGACUCAGUCAAAGGUUAAAGCCAGAGUGUCGCCCUACCCGCAGUUUUCGGCAUUUAAUCCAGAGCGUUCUGAGUCAGACCAAGACAGCCAAUGGGGAGGGAGCCCAUUGACGGAGGCGGCCUCGCCUCAGUUGUUGGAUCCGAGCGAGGCCGCCGAGGCCUCGUGCGCCUACCGACUGUAUCCGGACUCGGGAUCCCUUUGCUACGGUCUGGGUCUCCUGGAAGAGGACCUCACUCACGCCCAGACCCGUCCUCACGCGACCGCCUGCGACCGGGUUCGAUGUCCGAGCGGUCGCUACUUCCUGGGAGCCCCGUCUGGGAGAGAGGUGUGGUGGGACGGGACCCGGUCCGUGCUGGCCCUUCCGAAACCAUCUGCGGACAACAGCGAGGGCUACGAAAUCACAUCCUACCACGCCGGCUUUCACGGACGAGGUCACUGGGAUGAAGACAGCAUCAUGAGUUCACCGGACGGCGGGGGGUCCACCAGUGACUCCGGUGAGCGCUACCAUGGGGACCAAUUCCAGGCCAGUCCUCGAGAGCCCAGUAAGAUGGAGACCCUGAUUCGUGCCACGCAGCAGAUGAUCAAAGAGGAAGAGAACCGUCUGCAACAGCACAAACCGACGCUAGACAUCACUAAGACUCACAGUCCAUGUUUCAACUCAUCCCUAGCCCACCACUCGCAGAUCAGCAUGCCGAGUGUGGUGUGCCGAGGCCCCGGAGCCCCGAGCAUCGAGCUCCCGUCUGAGCGCCUCCAUCACCGCGUAAAAGUGCCAGGUCCUCUGGACAACGACGAAAACACAACCAGUCCCGGUUCACUCUCUCGCCUCAGCAGCCCCAGCUCUGACGUCAUCCCCAGGUCGGGUCUUCCCCUCUCCAAAGACUACAUGCAGACGGAUCUGUCCCCUCACCCGUCACAACCUCAAGGGAGCCCUCUGCUCUAUCCGGCCCAGGAGAGGCAGCCUCUGGACAGGCAAGCAGCCUAUGCAUUGACUGGGUACUCCUUGGAACACCUCUACGACCCCGAGAGCCUAAGGAGUUACUCCGGACUGGCCUGUGCAGGAGUCCAGUACGACAUGGCGUCCCACAUGAGGAUGCAGGCCGAGCAGAUGCAGGCACACAAGGCCACGUCCGUGAUUAUAACAAACGGGAGCUGACAAUAUCUGAAACUGAAGGGUCUUGUUCUCUAAACGAGGAUCCUGGACGGAAAUGGAAAUGAGGAUGGACGGCUUUCGUUCCUGACACUGGAUCAUUUUCUUUUCCGAGAACGUUCACGAACCAAUGCUCGCAAAGCCGAGAGGCUUUCGUUCCUCUAUAAGGGAAAUACAGAGUUAUUUUGACGGCGGUGAACUGAAUUCCCUUCUUCAUGCCGGGGCGACAAAAGGUUCAGCGUCUGGUUAAACAUCAAGCCGGUGUUUGCGACAGAAAUUUCUCACGCGCAAUUGGCUUUGUUGGUUAAUCUGUCUUGGAUCUCCAUUUGGCCGUAUGAGAAUGUGUUGCUCUGUCGCCUCUCGGCCUGAGAACUCCGGCGGACAGAGACGUCGGAAUAAUGGUUGACUCAUCGCGGGAACGGCGAGCGUUUCACUCGUGUAAAAUAUCAAUGGUUCUUUGUAUUUAUUUGUCGGUGGGCUGUUUCAUUAGGUGCCAUCUGUUUCAUGUUCAAAAGGAGUCAUUUUGGUGUUUGAGUGACGGUAAAAAACAUCAGAAAGCUCAACGCUUCUGUUUGUAAAACUGUUAAGACCCCUGCAGUCCAAA